AUGGACGACAAGGCCUACUACGUGGCCACCGGCCUCUCCCUGGCGGCCUUCCUCCUCCUCCUCCACCGCCUCGUGGUCGCGGGCCGUGCUGGCGGCGGCAAGGGGAACAACGCCGCCGCGCGGCGGCAGCGGCAGCGGCUGCCUCCUAGCCCUCCCGCCGUCCCGUUCCUCGGCCACCUCCCCCUGCUAGUAUCCCAGCGCGCGUUCCACUCGGCGCUGGCCGGCCUCGCAGCGCGCCACGGCCCCGUCUUCUCCCUGCGCCUGGGCUCCCGCGCCGCCGUGGUGGUGUCCUCGCCGGGUUGCGCCGAGGCGUGCUUCACGGAGCACGACGUCGCCUUCGCCAACCGCCCCAGGCUGCCCUCGCAGGAGCUCGCCUCCUUCGGCGGGGCCGCGCUCGCCGUGUCCAGCUACGGGCCCUACUGGCGCACCCUCCGCCGCGUCGCCGCCGUGCGCCUCCUCUCCACGCACCGCGUCGCGUGCAGCAUGUGCCCCGUCAUCUCCGCCGAGGUGCGCGCCAUGCUGCUCCGGGUCAGCCGCGCGGCCGAAGCGUCCGGGCGCGUCCAGCUCAAGGACUGCCUGUUCGAGCUCUCCCUCAGCGUGCUCAUGGAGACCAUCGCGCAGACCAAGACGUCGCGCACCGAUGACGCUGACGACGUGUCGCCCGAGGCGCACGAGUUCAGGCGGAUCGUCGACGAGAUCCUGCCCUACCUCGGCGCCACCAACCUGUGGGACUACCUGCCGUCGUUCCUGCGGCGGUUCGACGUGCUGGGCGUCAGGAACAAGAUCGGGGACGUUGUCGGCAGGAGGGACGCCUUCCUGCAGCGGCUCAUCGACGCGCAGCGGCGGAGUCUGGGCGACAGCGACGACAGCGAGAAGAAGAGCAUGAUCGCCGUCAUGCUCUCGUUGCAGAAGUCAGAGCCGGACGUGUACACGGACACCAUGAUCAUGGCAGUGUGCGGGGUGACCGGAACGGAGACGACGUCGUCGACGAUAGAGUGGGCCAUGUCGCUUCUGCUGAAUCACCCGGAGGCACUCAAGAAGGCGGAGGCAGAGAUCGAGGCGGCCGUGGGCACCUCCCGCCUCAUCACCAUGGACGACGUGCCCGGGCUGAGCUACCUGCAGUGCAUCAUCAACGAGACGCUGCGCCUGUACCCGGUGGCGCCGCUGCUGCUGCCGCACGAGUCGGCGGCGGACUGCACCGUCGGCGGCUACGACGUGCCCCGCGGCACGCUGCUGUUCGUCAACGCGUACGCCAUCCACAGGGACCCCGCGGUGUGGGAGGAACCCGCCGAGUUCAGGCCGGAGCGGUUCCGGGACGGCAAGGCUGAGGGCCGCCUGAUGCUGCCGUUCGGGAUGGGGCGGCGCAGGUGCCCCGGGGAGACGCUCGCGCUGCGGACCGUCGGCCUCGUGCUCGCCACGCUCAUCCAGUGCUUCAACUGGGACAGGAUCGACGGCGCCGAGAUCGACAUGACCGAGAGCGGCGGGCUCACCAUGCCCCGGGCCGUCCCGUUGGAGGCCACCUGCAAGCCUCGUCAAGCCAUGCGUCAUGUUCUUCAGCAGCUCUGA